AUUGCUCUAGAGAGUCAUUGAGGCCCCUUGGAGGUUUCUCUGUGUCCUCAGGGCUACCUGAGUGGCGCAGAUGGGUAUGAAACCCUCUUGGCUGCAGGAUGUUUUCUGCAAGGAAGUCCAGUUGCCUCCUGAAAAAGCACCUUUGGGGACAGCCAUGACCUGUCGUUGAGCCUAGACUACAAGCCCUCGCUUGCCUUGCAGUUGGUGGGAUAACGGGGAUGGAAUCCAAGAAGGAAGUCAACCCUUCGACCCCGCAAGAUAGAUCGAAAGAAGAAAUCACAAUGCUCUUCAUGUUUAAUAAUACCACUUGCGCCUUUAAAAAAAAGCGCAAGUGGAAUCUUGCGCGUCUGAAUUUGCUUCCCCCUCCCUUUGGUGAACUAGGUGGGGUUUCUCUGAGAUGCUUUUCACGUGACUUCCUGCGGUGGGGCUCAAGCCCCCUCUUCACUGACCCAUUGCCUUGGCAUGGCUCUUCUGUAACAAGGUGGACCUGGCCCAUGAGCCUUUCCUACCUCGUCCAGGACAUGCUGAGCUACCAGAGCAGUGGCCUCUCAUUCGUCAGGACAGGUGGGCUGGUGCCACCUGCUCUGUGCUCCACCCUUCCUUCCUUGUUUUAUAAAAGCAAUAGAUACAGUUGCUUCGCUUCUGAUUUGGGCACUGAAUCUGGACCAGCAGCUCGAAACAGGAUCAGCAUGACUUACUUCCCAGCACCUGGCUACAUGCCUGUUUAUAAUCCGACUCUCCCUUACCAUCAACCUGUCCCUGGCGGGCUCCGUCCUGGCAUGUCGGUAUAUGUGCAAGGCACGGUGCCCAAACAUACCAAGAGAUUCCGGGUGAACUUUGCCUGUGGCCAGCAUGAGGGGGUUGACAUUCCCUUCCACUUCAACCCUCGCUUUGAUGGGAGGGACAAAACUGUGCUCAACACGUUUCAGUCCGGCAGGUGGGGACACGAAGAGAUUCACAAGAUGCCCUUCCGGAAGGGCGAGCAUUUCGAGAUCAUCUUCAUCAUCAAUGACGUCGGAUACCAGAUCCUGGUGAACAGAAACCCCUUCUGUACCUACGGGCACAGAAUGCCCCCCCAAAGCGUGCAGGUCGUGAGUGCUGAUGGAGACCUGGAGCUGCAAUCUCUGACUGUGAUGGGAGGACAAAUGAUGGGGAACAUGGAUAUGAUGCCAAACCCUGCAUAUGGGCCACCGCAAAAUCUUCCCAUGAUGCAGUCCCCUGCAGUCUACCAUCCAACGGUGCCCUACAUAGGCAACAUCUCUGGAGGUCUGGGAGCCAAGAGGACCAUCGUAGUACGAGGCUCUAUUCCAAUGAACUCUAACAGGUUCCACAUCGAUCUUACGGCUGGCCAGGAUAUCGCUCUGCACAUCAAUCCACGCAUGCAAGAACGAACGGUAGUGCGCAACAGUUUUCUGAAUGGCAGCUGGGGUCCUGAGGAACGGGAGCUGCCCUUUAACCCUUUCCAACCUGGACAGUACUUUGAGCUCUCAAUCCGUUGUGGCAACCACCGAUUCAAGGUUUAUGUCAACGGCCAGCCUUUCUUCAACUACGCCCAUCGUUACCGCAAUUUCCCACAGAUCAACACCCUGCAGAUGGAUGGAGACGUGGUCCUUUCUUAUAUCCAAUGCUGAGCAUGGGUGGUGGGGAAGGGGAGGGAGAGGGCAGCCCUGGCAGAGACCCUCCAUUUUUCCUCUCUUGAGGUCUGCCAGGAAACUCCGAGUCCUGCUGGAUUGGUGUAGUCCACAUAAAGAUUUUAAUAAAGAUUAAAUGCUUAAAUUAAUUUGGCUUUUUUUGGAACAGCAGUUAAUAUAUAAGCGACAAAAUAAAGAGCCAAGACGGGCACUGUUGUAUCGUUCACUCUAAGCCAUGUUUCCCUGGCUGCCUAAGCCACAAUGGGCUACUUUAUUUCAUUGUUAAAUGCAUUCUUGAACUCUUGAAAACAAGGAUGCAAAAAUGAGGCCUGGAGACUUGUUUGACCCUAGAGUUCCCUCCAAAGCUGAUAGGAACCAAAUUUUGCAUCAGCAGCCAAGCAAAAUUACCACCUUAGCUUGCAGGUGUCUCAAAGCAAAUGAGCACUUGCCGGGAUCAUAUUAUCAUAUGUGGUGGUCGUGUAAAGAAGCAAAGUACUAUUGGGUUAAAAUACAGACAUGGUUAGAGGGAAUGCUGCAGCAACAUAUAGAGUUAAGACCAUCAUUGGCAACCUUCAGUCUCAAAAGACUAUGGUAUUGUGCUCUGGAAAUUGGUCCUAAAACAGCAUCUGUGGGACUAAAAAGGCCAAUUCGAGAGUGGCAAUCCCUUCCACUAUUCUGUCCCCUGCCCAGUCCCCAAAUUUUGCUGGUUCCGGGUUAAGACCAGAGAUAUUUUUAUGGGGAAUAUUACCAGAGAAAUAUACUAUAGUAAAGAGGAUACAUAUUUGAUUAUUCAUAUAAUAACAGCGGCCAGGAUUGUAUUUGCACAGAAUUGGAAAGCAGAUAAAAUCCCGUUGGAAGGAUAAAUUAUAAAGAAAAUUUUAGAAUGUGCAGACAUGAACAGAUUAACACUGAGAAUAAAAGAUAAAGAGGAGUCGAUGUAUUUCAAGACAUGGGGAAAAUUUUAUGAUUGGUUAGAAAAGAGAUAUGAAUAAAAGUAUGGAGAUAAAAUAGAUAGGGAAAAGAUGAAAAAGAGCAAAAAUAAUUAGAAGAAUAGAAACCCAGAUGAUGCCUAGGUAAAGGAAAAAGGGGGGAAGUGGGGGGGAGGGAAAAAGUGAGAUCAUUAUUAAAAUGUACACAAAUGAUGAAACAGAUGUAAUUACUAAACAAAUAAGAAACUGAAAUGAAUGAUUUUCUUUAUAAGCUACCGAUUUUGUCAUACUGUAAUUGUUUUCCCAUGCCCUUUCCCAUUCUUCUAACUGUAUACUGUGCCCGAUAUUCCUCACCCAUGCUAUCAUCUGCCCUUUGACCAAUUCUUCUGCCAAAUCAUAUUCAAGUAAGUAUUUAUAAAUUUUUGAAAUUAAUUUCCCUUCUUUAGAUUCUAAUAAUUUAUCCAAUCAGUUUUGUUUUAGGUCUAUUCCUCCCUCCUCUUGAUCUUUUCUAUAUCUUAUCUUUAUUUGUGAAUAGGGCCACCAGUCUAUUACUAUUCCUUGUUCUUUGAGUUCUUCCCUAGUUUUCAAUUUCCCCUGUACAUCUAAUAUUUCUCUGUAUCUUAACAUUUUUUGUUUUGCUAAUAUAUUGGGGUGAGUUAUUGCUUCUAUUGUUGAUAGCCAGCCAGGAAUUUUUAUAUAGUGUUUGCAUUUGAUUUGUUGCCAUGUGUUAAUUAAAGAUUUCCUGAUAGUGUGA